AUGGCCCCCGCUGUCGGUAUCGAUUUGGGAACCACCUACUCCUGCGUGGGUGUCUUCCGUGAUGACCGUAUCGAAAUCAUUGCCAACGACCAGGGUAACCGCACCACCCCCUCUUUCGUGGCCUUCACCGACACCGAGCGUUUGAUCGGUGAUGCCGCCAAGAACCAGGUCGCCAUGAACCCUCACAACACCGUCUUCGAUGCUAAGCGUCUGAUCGGUCGUCGUUUCGCCGAUGCCGAGGUCCAGUCCGACAUGAAGCACUGGCCCUUCAAGGUUGUUGACGACAAGGCUGGCAAGCCCAUCGUCGAGGUUGAGUUCAAGGGCGAGACCAAGCAGUUCACCCCCGAGGAGAUCUCCUCCAUGAUCCUCACCAAGAUGCGUGAGACCGCUGAGUCUUACCUUGGUGGUACCGUCAACAACGCUGUCAUCACUGUUCCCGCUUACUUCAACGACUCCCAGCGUCAGGCCACCAAGGAUGCUGGUCUCAUCGCCGGCUUGAACGUUCUCCGUAUCAUUAACGAGCCCACCGCUGCUGCCAUUGCCUACGGUCUCGACAAGAAGACCGAGGGUGAGCGCAACGUCCUCAUCUUCGACCUGGGUGGUGGUACCUUCGAUGUCUCCCUCCUGACCAUCGAGGAGGGUAUCUUCGAGGUCAAGGCCACCGCUGGUGACACUCACUUGGGUGGUGAGGACUUCGAUAACCGCCUUGUGAACCACUUCGUUACCGAAUUCAAGAGAAAACACAAGAAGGAUUUGACUACCAAUGCUCGUGCUCUCCGCCGUCUCCGCACUGCUUGCGAGCGUGCCAAGCGUACUCUCUCUUCCGCUGCCCAGACCUCUAUUGAGAUCGACUCUCUCUUCGAGGGCAUCGACUUCUACACCUCGAUCACCCGUGCCCGUUUCGAGGAGCUCUGCCAGGACCUCUUCCGCUCCACCAUGGAGCCCGUUGAGCGUGUCCUCCGCGACGCCAAGAUCGACAAGGCCUCCGUCCACGAGAUCGUCCUUGUCGGUGGUUCCACCCGUAUCCCCAAGAUCCAGCGCCUUGUCUCCGACUUCUUCAACAAGGAGGCCAACAAGUCCAUCAACCCCGAUGAGGCCGUUGCCUACGGUGCUGCUGUCCAGGCUGCUAUCCUGUCUGGUGACACUUCCUCCAAGUCCACCAACGAGAUCCUCCUGCUCGACGUUGCCCCUCUCUCCCUUGGUAUCGAGACCGCUGGUGGUGUCAUGACUGCUCUUAUCAAGCGCAACACCACCAUUCCCACCAAGAAGUCCGAGACCUUCUCCACCUACUCCGACAACCAGCCCGGUGUUUUGAUCCAGGUCUAUGAGGGUGAGCGUGCUCGCACCAAGGACAACAACCUCCUUGGUAAGUUCGAGCUUACCGGCAUUCCUCCCGCCCCCCGUGGUGUUCCCCAGAUUGAGGUCACCUUCGAUCUCGAUGCCAACGGUAUCAUGAACGUCUCUGCCAUUGAGAAGGGUACCGGUAAGACCAACAAGAUCACCAUCACCAACGACAAGGGUCGUCUCUCCAAGGAGGAGAUCGAGCGCAUGCUUGCCGAUGCCGAGAAGUUCAAGGCCGAGGAUGAGGCCGAGGCUUCCCGUAUCCAGGCCAAGAACGGUCUUGAGUCCUACGCCUACUCCCUCAAGAACACUCUCAGCGAGGGCAAGCUCACCAUCAGCGAUGCCGACAAGGAGAAGGUCAACGCCAAGAUCGACGAGACCAUCAGCUGGCUUGACUCCAACCAGACCGCCACCAAGGAGGAGUACGAGUCCCAGCAGAAGGAGCUUGAGGGUGUUGCCAACCCCAUCAUCUCCGCUGCCUACGGUGCUGCUGGUGGUGCCCCUGGCGGUGCCGCUCCCGGCGCCACCCGCACUGCUGACGACGUCGAGGAGGGCCCCGAGGAGCUUGACUAA